AGUGUGACUUUUGGACUUUUUCGGCUACUGUAGGAGAUCCCCUUUCCCCAGUAUUUCUAACCCUACAGCAUGGAUGUGCCCACCAAGUUUAGCUCGGUGUUUCACAGCUGUUUUCUCGGUGCCUUGGGAUAAGCAGUCGUCUUGUUUCUGUAACUCAUCUGGACACCAUGUUCACCACCACCGGCUCUCGGGGCCUCUACAAGGCUCCUCUGUCCAAAGGCCUCCUGCUGGUGCUCAGCGGGCUCACUGUCAUGCUUACUCUGCUGCCACGGUAUCAAGAGCUCUUCAUUUACAACCUGCAUGCUAUCACACAGCAGCACCAGGUGUGGAGGAUGGUUUGUGGAAGGCUGAUUUGUCUGGACCUGAAGGACACCUUCUGUAGCAGCCUGCUCAUCUACAACUUCCGCAUCUUUGAGAGGAGGUUCGGUACCAGGAAGUUUGCUUCCUUCCUGCUGGGCACCUGGUUUCUGUCUGCACUGAUGGACGUCCUGCUGGCCCAGGCUUUCCACUUUCUGUUUGACUAUGAGGUGGAGGAGCUGCCCGCAGGACUGUUGUCUCCAGUCUUCUCUUUGUUUGUGCCUUUCUAUCUGACAAUCCCGAGGAUGCCAGUCACACAGAUUCUCGGCCACAUCCCCAUCACAAGCAAGUCUCUGGUCUACAUAGUAGGACUACAGUUGCUGACCUCCAGUCCCUUCAUGUGGCUUAUAGCUCUCAGUGGACUGAUCUCGGGUGGGCUCUACCACUGUAAUGUCUUCAAGCUGCAGCGGCUCCUCUUUAUGCCCGCCUGGUUGUCUCGUAUCGGGCGGUACAUGCUGGAGCCCCUCUUCUCAGGCCCCCAGCCCAGUGGUGAGACCCCCUUGGGGAUGGGUGCCACUCUGGACAUCCAGAGGCAGCAGAGGAUGGAGCUGCUGGACCAGCAGCUGCUGCUGGCCCAAUACAACGAGGCCAGGAGGCACGCCAGACAUCAGCCACAGGCUGGUUUGUUAGACUGGGCCAGGUUGUUUCCCUCGCUGAGACACCGAGGACAGAACCGACCCCCUGCACAGCCCCGCCCACAGGGUCAGACACAGCCCCCCCCUCAGCCUCCACUGCUGGACAACUCUCCUGUUGCAGAGGAGCAGGUUGCCAGGUUAGUGGAAAUGGGUUUCUCCAGGAUUGAUGCCCUAGAGGCUCUGAGAGCUUCAAACAAUGACAUCAACAUGGCAACCAACUUCCUCUUGCAACACUGAGAGCUCAGUGAGGAACAUGGAGAGGUAGAUGAAGAUACAGAGAGGAGGGGCAGAGGGCCAACCAUAGAGAACGAGAAAAUGCUGGUGUGAGAGAAAGACAGUGAAGGAUGAAGACAAGGGGAGAAGACAAAAUGGUGUUGGUACAGAACAUCCGAAAGGCGUAUUUCCCUGCUGACUGGAGCAGUGACCCAAUCUGAACUGACCCUGCUGGCACUGUGAUUGCUCAGUAGGUGUGAAGCACAAAGAAGUUUGAAGAAGUUUGCGUCAUAGCUUGGCAUUGCAGUGCGAAACAGGCCUCGUUGCUCUGAGCCGACGAGUUUGACCCUAAAACUCCAAAGGGUUUUUCUACAAGAAACCAAACAGGCCAGAGAUCCCAGAAGACAGAGGAAUUUCUCCAAAAACAAAUCGGACACCGAAGCACAGGAAUCAGAGAGCCCAUAUUCCCAUCACCCUAUGGAUACCAACUCAUACCUAUAUGAAGUAGAAUAUUAAUGUAGCCCACUGUCACACGCUAUGCUUCUACUCCUAACAUGGCUACAGUGGAACCAGCGUCUUUCAUGACGUCAGUGAGGAAGAGGACUUAUUUAUUUGUUACCAGGUUUUCAUUUCACGAUGGACAAGGCAAUGAGCUUUCUUUAUAGAAUGAUCAUCCUCAGGGUCAUCCACUCCAGGAAAGUAUUUUUCUUUCUUUCAUCUACACUGUAAUGAAGGAUAAGGGGAACACACAGAGGACGAUGGAAGAGGCAGGCGGCACGGCUGGGUGUAAUUCCAGCGGUCUCAACAUAGCCCCAGCAUUAAUAAGCAGUGAAUCUAUGAAGAUGCCGAUGUACCACUUUAGCAGAAAUAUGACGCUGCUUUGUCAUGUCGUCAGUGAGCUCAACCGUGGCAUUUCUUUUACCCUGCAAGCCUGUCAUUGUUAAUGGAGAUGGGACAAGGCUGUUUGGGGUGACAUAGGACAGGUGGGCUAUCUCAGGGUUAGUGGGGCGACUACUUCUCUUAAGGACCAUGAUGCUUUCAGCUCAACACGUGUUGCACACACACAGACGUACAGUGGGCCUACUACCCUAGGCCUUGGAAGAGGUCAUGUUUCACACACAGCAAGCCCUCAACUUUCAUGUUUCAUCAUCCUCGCUGACAGACACACACACACUCCUUAAGGUUUUAUUUGUUGGAACUGAACUGAGUCAAGUCCUUUUCUGCCAGCACACAAAUGUCAUGUCAUGUCAUGAAUCAUCUGAAGUUUUAAGAGUCAAAUGAUAUGCAACCCCAGGACAAGAGAGAAAUAUGGAGACUGUGCAGCGUACAGUAACUACUUUGUGUAUAUUAACAUAUAUAUGUGCAAGAGAAGUAAUGUGUGCAACCACAAUGUAUUGAUAUUCAAAGACAGAUGUUUUAUAUUUUGUGCAUAAUAUUGAUGAUAAUAUAUGACAACUGAUUUGAGUCUGCCGUUUGUGUGUAUGUUAUAAAGAGUGAUUACAUUAAGUACAUGGGUGUGAUGAAGCAGCUGCUGCAUGGACAACUUUCCUCUCAUGAGCUGUAGUAAAUCUUGAUUGAGCUGUGGAAUAAACCAAUUUGCUGACUAAUUUA